CCGGCGCGGCCUGGCUCACUCGGUUCUCCUGGCCCCCCCGCGGACCUUAGACUACGGCCUCACCACCUCUCCGGUCCGGUCAUGGGCCCGGCCGAUCGCCCGGCACUGAGGUCGCCAUCUUCGCCGCCCCCUCCCCCAUCGCCGCCGUCGCCGCUGCUGCUACUGUUGCCCCUGCUGCCUUUGUGGCUGGGCCUGAUGGGUCCCGGAGCCGCGGCGGACGGCAGCGAGCCGGAGGCCCGGGCUGGGCGGGGCGGAGCCCGCGCAGUGCGGGUGGAUGUGAAGCUGCCGCGGCAGGACGCCCUGGUUUUGGAGGGUGUCAGGAUCGGUUCCGAAGCGAGUCCGGAACCUCUACUGGGCGGCCGCCUGCUGCUGAUGGAUGUCGUGGAUGCUGAGCAAGAGAUACCCGCAGAUGGCUGGAUUGCAGUGGCAUAUGUGGGCAAAGAGCAGGUCGCCCAGUUCCACCAGGAGAAUCAAGGCAGUAGCCAGAAGGCAUAUCCCAAGGCUCUGGUCCAGCAGAUGCGCCGAGCCCUUUUCCUGGGAGCCUCUGCCCUGCUUCUCCUCAUCCUAAACCACAGUGUAGUCCGAGAGUUGGACAUAUCCCAGCUCCUGCUCAGGCCAGUGAUUGUUCUCCAUUACUCUUCAAAUGUCACCAAGCUGUUGGAAGCUCUUCUGCAGAGGACCCAGGCUACUGCUGAGAUCAGCAGUGGAGAGUCCCUUUCAGCCAACAUCGAGUGGAAGCUGACAUUGUGGACCACCUGUGGUCUCUCCAAGGAUGGCUACGGUGGCUGGCAGGACUUGGUGUGCCUGGGAGGUGCUCAAGCCCAGGAGCAGAAGCCCCUGCAGCAGCUAUGGAAUGCCAUCUUGCUUGUGGUCAUGCUCUUGUGCACAGGCCUUGUGGUUCAGGCCCAACGGCAGGCAUCAAGACAGAGCCAGCAGGAGCCUGGAGGCCAGGAGGAUUUGUUCAAACGCCGUGUGGUUCGGAGACUAGCAUCCCUCAAGACCCGGCGGUGCCGGCUGAGCAGGGCAGCACACAGCCUUCCAGAGCCUGGCGCUGAGACUUGCGCUGUCUGUCUUGAUUACUUCUGUAACAAGCAGUGGCUCCGGGUACUGCCCUGUAAGCAUGAGUUCCACCGAGACUGCGUAGACCCCUGGCUGAUGCUACAACAGACCUGCCCACUGUGCAAGUUCAAUGUCCUGGGGAACCACUACUCAGAUGACUAACUCCCCAGUGGAGAGUCUGCACAUCGGGAUGGACCCUUCCCAGCCUACACUACAGGAGAGUGGGAUGGGCAGACCAGCUAGCCCUGUGGGCAAAGGAAAGGUUCCCACCAUGCCCAUGAUGGAUAGGAGGGACUCGCACCUCCAGGCUGAAGACACAGAGCCAGGACCCAGCAGGCAAGGAGAAAUCAUUAGAGCCCUUCUCUGCAAACCUGGGGUAUUGUGUCUGUCCUCAUAGGCAGCUCCCACAACUCUGGGAAAGAAAAUAUGGCCACUACAUCUGUCCACAGCACUCUGGAGCUUCGGUGUUGAAUUUUAUGCUAUUUAUUGAGGGAGAAUAUGUGUGGCCAUGGGACCCACUGGCAUGACCGUGUCUUUCGGGCCAUGGCCUAAUCAAAUCAAAGAUGACGUUAAAGUGAGCCUGCUCCACUCCCUGCUGCCCGUCCAGCUGGAUUCCUCCAGUCUGACUGGGAUCAGAGGCCUUAGAAACCAUCUAGUGCUGUAUUUCUUGGUUGGCCUAAAUGUUACUGCAGGAUACUUGAGGCCACAGAAUACAUGUGGUGCAUCUGCCAAGGGCAUCAUUACAAGAAAAAAACAAAAACACAAAAACAAAUGUUUGGGUAGGGAAGUUUUAAUAGUAAAAUAAACAUGGAGUAUAUUUUAACAUAUAAGACAUAAAUCUGUGUGAUGUUUUAAGAUGUUAAGGAAAAGAUGGAUAUGUGGUGGCAUAUGCCAAUAAUCCCAGAAACCUGGAGUUGGAGACAGGAGGAUUAAGAGUUCAAGGCCAGCUGGGCACAGUAGUGUACCCCUUUAGUCCUAGCACUGGUGAGGCAGAGGCAGGCAGAUCUCUGUGAAUUCAAGCCCAGCCUGGUCUACAUAGUAAGUUCCAAGACAGCCAGGGCUACACAGAGAGACCCUGUCUCAAAUAACAAAACAAAACAAAAAGUUCAAGGCUAAACUGGGCUCCUGGGCAGUCCCUGUAAUCCCCUUGUUCUGUAGCCUCUGGUAAGGGAAACCAGAGGGUCAUGAACUCUCGAUCAUCCUUGGCUGCAUAGACAAGCCUGGGCUACUCUCAAAGAGAAAAACAGACGAAAACCAAUCACCUUGGUUUCUCUUGCUGGGAACAGUAGAAUCCUUACAUUCCUCAAGGCCUUGCACUAUCUUUAAAAUGUUGACUCUAGAAAUUCUAGCCCCUGUGAGUAGGUUAUGUAGAGUGAUCUUCAGAUGAGAGGCAAGGGCUGGGGCAUGGCGCGAACUGGUAGAGAACCUGCCUC